UAAUGUUUAAAAUAUAGUUGAGUGUCGAAGUAAUGUAAUAAAUAUAGUUAGGCUGUGUUUCACUAUUCCGACUGCUGAUAAGAAUCUAUUUUCUUAGAUAUAUAAACCUCUCUUUACUCCUAAUUUCUCACAUUUUCUUCUUCUUCUUCUUCUUUCAUCUAAUUGCUAUUGUCACAAUUUGUUUAAUUAUGGCUAUGAAACGUGCUGCUUCAACCUUUCUCACUUCUUCUUCAAGGAUUUCAUCAUCACUCUCUUCUGCUUCUUCCAUCUUCAACAGAAACCUUCAUGCCUCUGGUGGAAAGAAGAAGAUUGUUGGUGUGUUCUACAAAGGCAAUGAGUUUGCUUCAUUGAAUCCCAAUUUUGUGGGAUGUGUCGAAGGAGCUUUGGGUAUUCGCGAGUGGCUUGAAUCGCAAGGACAUGAAUACAUUGUCACUGAUGACAAAGAAGGACUCAAUUCUGAACUUGAGAAGCACAUUCCUGAUCUCCAUGUCCUGAUAUCGACUCCAUUUCACCCUGCCUACGUCACUGCGGAACGUAUAAAGAAAGCUAAGAAUUUAGAACUUCUUUUGACAGCCGGCAUCGGUUCUGAUCACAUUGAUCUCAACGCUGCGGCUGCCGCUGGUCUAACCGUCGCAGAGGUCACAGGAAGUAAUGUAGUAUCGGUCGCUGAAGACGAGCUCAUGAGAAUUCUCAUUCUGGUUAGGAAUUUCUUGCCUGGUUACCAUCAGGCUAUUUCCGGAGAAUGGAAUGUUGCUGGCAUUGCACAUAGAGCUUAUGAUCUUGAAGGAAAGACGAUAGGAACUGUUGGUGCUGGACGAAUCGGGAAGCUUUUACUUCAAAGACUGAAACCCUUUAACUGUAACCUUUUGUAUCAUGAUAGACUUAAGAUAGCACCUGAAUUGGAGAAAGAAAUUGGAGCUAAGUUUGAGGAGGAUCUUGAUGCUAUGCUUCCGAAGUGCGAUGUAAUUGUUAUCAACACCCCCCUCACCGAUAAGACAAGAGGAUUGUUUGACAAAAAUAGAAUUGCAAAGUUGAAGAAGGGUGUCUUGAUUGUUAACAAUGCUCGCGGGGCGAUUAUGGACACGCAAGCAGUUGCUGAUGCUUGUUCUAGUGGCCACAUUGCAGGUUAUAGUGGUGAUGUUUGGUUUCCACAACCAGCUCCAAAAGAUCAUCCAUGGCGCUACAUGCCAAAUCAUGCUAUGACUCCUCAUAUUUCUGGAACCACCAUAGAUGCACAGUUACGUUAUGCUGCUGGAGUUAAAGACAUGCUUGAGAGACACUUUAAGGGGGAAGACUUUCCUGAGCAGAACUACAUAGUGAAGCAGGGGGAAUUGGCAAGCCAAUACCGUUGAAGUACUACUUUCAAAUGAAGAGUGGUUCUUAGUCUUAUGUUUUUAAGACUAAUGGAAUAUUAUUACUAAAUAAAGUUAUGUGCGGCAUUUUAUCAAUGUACUUACUUUGUUGAGUUUGAAACUCAGUUUAAUAAAUAUGCAAUGGACACAAGUAUGAUUCUUGUGUUUUCAUGAAUUUGAAUGUGUACUUGUAGUUACUGAAAUGUGUUUCUGUUUGUGUUUGAGUCAAGCAAUAGAUGACAUUGGUUUUAA